UGAAUGUGCAGAAUGGUGGACUUUGAAAUUAAUGUCCUUCCGUUGACUGCAGAGUUUCUGCUGGAAAUGCAGGGAGGCUGCCUGUGGGGUUCGCGUGCUGUGGGAAGUAGGGAAAAUGAGCUGGUUUACUUUGUGUCUUUUUGUGCAUGCAGACUGUUUGGAUUUUGCCAACAGUUUCUGGGUGCUGCCUGCUUUUUAAACUUUUAAAAAAUUGUAAACAGCUUCAGUGGCUUUGCAGAAGGAAGCUGUGGUUUCUGGUCUUCCUGUUCAGUCAUGUUUUUUUCAGAGGGAGGGCUAACAUCUGGCCAUAUUUUUCAACAAAUUCAGAAGUGAGUAGAGAAUGCAUAGUAGCUGUCGGCAGAGGAGGAACCAGAAUCUCUCCAAAGAAAUUUCCUCAAACAGAAUUUCACACAGGGUAUUCCAUGGAGAAUGAGCCUGGAAUUGUCUCGCCAUUUAAACGAGUAUUCCUAAAAGGUGAAAAGAGUAGAGAUAAGAAAGCCCAUGAGAAGGUGACAGAGAGGCGCCCUCUGCACACUGUGGUGUUGUCAUUGCCUGAGCGCGUCGAGCCAGACAGACUGCUGAGCGACUAUAUUGAGAAGGAGGUAAAGAGAGCCCACCAGCUUCCGGGACACUUGACUCAGGAGCACGAUGCUGUGCUCAGCCUGUCUGCGUACAACGUCAAGCUGGCCUGGAGGGACGGGGAGGAUAUCAUCCUCAGGGUGCCCAUCCAUGACAUCGCCGCCGUCUCCUAUGUUCGGGAUGACGCUGCACACCUGGUGGUCCUGAAGACAGCCCAGGACCCAGGGAUCUCCCCCAGCCAGAGUCUGUGUGCGGAAAGUUCCAGAGGCCUCAGUGCAGGCUCCCUGUCGGAGAGUGCAGUUGGGCCCGUGGAGGCAUGCUGCCUGGUCAUCCUGGCUGCAGAGAGCAAGGUCGCUGCGGAGGAGCUUUGCUGUCUGCUAGGCCAGGUCUUCCAGGUUGUUUACACGGAGUCCACCAUCGACUUUCUGGACAGAGCGAUAUUUGAUGGGGCCUCUACCCCCACCCACCACCUGUCCCUGCACAGCGCCAGCCACGUGACCUCUUCCACAGUCACAUCUUCCUUUGACUGUCAGCUUCCUCUGCAUUUCAGGACUCUUGCAAUCACAUUGAGCCCACCCAAAUUCUCCAGGGUCAUCUCCCUAUUUCAAGAUGACUCUUCUACAAAAGUGGACAUUAAGGAGACCUACGAGGUGGAAGCCAGCACUUUCUGCUUCCCUGAAUCUGUGGAUGUGGGUGGUGCGUCACCCCAUGGCAAGACCAUCAGUGAGAGCGAGCUGAGCGCCAGCGCCACUGAGCUGCUGCAGGACUACAUGCUGACGCUGCGCACCAAGCUGUCAUCACAGGAGAUCCAGCAGUUUGCAGCGCUGCUGCACGAGUACCGCAAUGGGGCCUCUAUCCACGAGUUCUGCAUCAACCUGCGGCAGCUCUACGGGGACAGCCGCAAGUUCCUGCUGCUUGGUCUGAGGCCCUUCAUCCCUGAGAAGGACAGCCAGCACUUCGAGAACUUCCUGGAGACCAUUGGCGUGAAGGAUGGCCGCGGCAUCAUCACCGACAGCUUUGGCAGGCACCGGCGGGCCCUGAGCACCACAUCCAGUUCCACCACCAAUGGGAACAGGGCCACGGGCAGCUCUGAUGACCGGUCGGCACCCUCAGAGGGGGAUGAGUGGGACCGCAUGAUCUCGGACAUCAGCAGCGACAUUGAGGCGCUGGGCUGCAGCAUGGACCAGGACUCAGCAUGAUGGACAGUGGAUGGGGGGCACCCACACCUUCCGCGCAGUCGUCGUAGGCCUUCCCAGAAGGAGCUGCCCAGACCUGCGUGUCAGCCCUUGGUGGUGGCCAGGGAGAGGCUCCUGGCGCAGAUGGCCCCGGGCGGCCCAGGUCCUCUACUGUGAAGGAGCAGGGAGCUGCCGAGGGACACGAGCCUCAUUGCGGGGUGGAAGGCUCUUUGCCUUGUCCACCAGGGCUCAGCCAAGCCCUGCAGCGUGUCCCCGCUCGGGGAGGGCCCGGCCGAGCGGGCAGGGAGAGCCAGUCCUGUCGGCUGGGCCCUUGGACGGCUGUCAGUUUUGCACAUGAUUUUCCUAUUGUAACUCUCAGAGACCUUAAAAAGAAGUUUACUGCAAUGUGAAUAAUUUAA